AGCAAACUGAGUUGAAAACAGAGUUGUCCAAUAGCCCUCUUUUCCUCCAACUCCAAAAGAAGAAAAUGGCUCACCAUUCUCGCUCAAAGAGCUUUCCCUCUAGACCACACCCCUUUACUUCUGAGGUUGACGAGCAUUUAAGCAGAUUGGCAUCCUCUGAAUCUGCCUCAACGUCGUCAUCCACUUUAUGCCAAAAGCUCAAUGGCCUUCAAGAUUUGCAUGAUAGUAUUGAGAAGCUGCUCCAACUGCCUCUCAACCAACAAGCUUUAAGCUCUGAGUUGAAUCAAAAAUAUGUUGAUGAGCUGCUUGAUGGAUCCGUUAGGCUCUUUGAUGUAUGCACUACUGCCAAGGAUUCCUUGUUGCAAACCAAGGAAUGCAUACAGGAACUUCAAUCAGUUUUGCGCAGAAGGCGAGGAACUGAAAUCACACAUGAGGUAAAGAAAUACUUAGCCUCUAGGAAGGCAGUGAAAAAGGCAGUCUUGAAAGCCUUAAAGAAUUUGAAGAACAAACAGAACAAAUACAGUGAAACCGGAGCAAUUAUUAACUUGGUCCAAGAGGCACAAGCAGUCACUCUCAAUGUGAUGGAAUCCGUGUUGCACUUUGUAUCUGGACCAGAGGCAGGAUCAAAAGCAAGCCGGCUGUCAGUAGUUUCAAAACUGUUCCGCAACAAAAAUGUAGGGUGUGAAGAAGAAGACGAAAAUGAGAUUGCAAAGGCUGAAUCUAAAUUGCUCUCCAUCAUUAGUGGCAAGACAAAUAUUGAACUUGAGAAUGCACAAAAUCAACUGCAACAGGCAGACUCAUGCAUUCAAAAUCUUGAAGAAGGGCUUGAAUCCAUUUACAGGCAGAAAUGGGUUGAUGAGUUGUUGGAUGGAUCUCUUCAGAUCUUGGAUAUCUGCAACUUUGCUCAGGAUACUGUACUCAAAGCAAAAGAAAGCACAAUUAAGCUGCAAUCAGUUUUGCAUAGAAGACGUGGUGGUGAAGCAGAGAUUGUGGCUGAGCUGAAGAAAUAUUUGACCUCCAGGAAAGCUGUGAAAAAGGCCAUAAGCAAGGCCUUGGCUAAAUUGAAGACCAUGUGGAAGCUAAAUGCACCUCCUCCUCUCCUUCGGAUCAAAGUCAGACCAAGGCCAUUGUUGGCAUGUUAAAACAAGUAGAAGCAGUCACUCUUUCUGUCUUUGAAUCCUUAUUGUCCUUGAUCUAUGGGACAAUGGAUCAAUCAAAUAAAAGAGCUGGUCCUUGGUUUCCAAGUUCAUUGGUCUCAAAAGGAUUGCAUGCGAGGAAGAAGAGAGAAACAUUAAUGAAUUUGAAAAGGUGGAUGCUGUUGUCAAGAUGAUCAAAUCUGAAAUUGUGAUUCAUAAGGAGAUGCAAAGCCCGCUAAGCAACUUGGAAUAAUGCAUUCUAGAUCUU